GAAUGUAGUCGGAGUUUAUCGAUACAUUGUUCGAAUCGCUACGCCUACGCGUGGCCGGCCCAGUAACUACUUGUUAUCGUUUAGGUUACAACCGAACCAGAAAAAAUGCAACCACAAAUUAUCUUGCUGAAAGAAGGCACUGAGACUUCGCAGGGAAAAUCUCAGCUGAUCUCAAACAUCAAUGCUUGCCAGGUGGUCGCUGAUGCUGUUAGAACCACCCUGGGGCCAAGGGGGAUGGACAAGCUUAUGGUCGACAUGCAAGGGAAAGCUACAAUUUCCAACGAUGGGGCCACAAUAAUGAAGCUGCUCAACAUUGUCCAUCCCGCUGCAAAGACACUUGUUGAUAUCGCAAAAUCUCAGGAUGCUGAGGUUGGCGAUGGGACGACCAGUGUAGUUCUUUUUGCAGCGGAGUAUUUAAAACAAUUAAAACCUUAUGUUGAAGAAGGUGUGCAUCCGAGAGUAAUGAUGCAUGCAGUCCGUAAAGCAACAGCAUUAGCUCUUGAUAAAAUAAAUAGCUUAGCUUUCAAGAUUGACAAGUCUGAUACUGACAAACACAGAGUAGUAUUAGAAAAGUGUGCUGCUACUGCACUUGGUUCUAAAUUAAUCCAUCAACAGAAGGAUUUCUUCUCUAGGAUGGUAGUAGAUGCUGUUUCACUUUUGGACGAACUCCUUCCAUUGCAAAUGAUUGGUAUUAAAAAAGUCCAAGGAGGCGCUCUUGAGGAUUCUCUCCUGAUAGAUGGAGUUGCGUUUAAAAAGACAUUUUCUUAUGCCGGAUUUGAAAUGCAGCCGAAAGUUUACCAGAAUCCAAAAAUUGCUCUUCUUAAUAUUGAGCUGGAAUUAAAAGCAGAGCGAGACAACGCUGAAAUUAGAUUGACCAGUGUGAAGGAAUAUCAAAAAGUAGUGGAUAUGGAGUGGCAAAUUCUAUAUGAAAAACUUGAAACAAUUGCCAAAUCUGGUGCUAAUGUGGUACUGUCAAAACUGCCAAUUGGUGAUGUCGCCACGCAAUAUUUUGCAGACAGGGAUAUGUUCUGUGCUGGAAGAGUGCCAGAAGAAGAUCUUAAAAGAACUCAAAAAGCCUGUGGAGGUUUUGUCGUUACAACAACAAAAGACAUGAAUGCUAGUGUUUUAGGAACUUGCAAAGAUUUUGAAGAAAGACAGUUGGGUUGUGAAAGGUUUAAUGUUUUCUCCGGCUGCCCUCAUGCACAAACAUGCACUUUGAUCCUCAGAGGUGGUUCUGAACAAUUUUUGGAAGAAACAGAACGCUCGUUGCACGAUGCAAUUAUGAUCGUGAGGAGAGCGAUAAAACACGAUGCUGUCGUGGCAGGUGGAGGAGCUAUUGAAAUGGAACUGUCAAAGGCCCUUAGGGAUUUCUCAAGGACGAUUGCGGGAAAAGAGCAGCUCUUGAUUGGAGCUAUUGCCAAAGCCCUUGAAGUGAUCCCCAGACAGCUUUGCGACAACGCCGGCUUCGAUGCAACUUCACUUUUAAAUAAACUCAGGCAAAAGCAUGCACAAGGAAGCUGUUGGUAUGGUAUCGACGUAAUGACGGAAGAUGUUUCGGACAUCAUGAAAAAAUGUGUUUGGGAACCAGCAGUGGUCAAGAAAAAUGCUCUUUCGGCAGCUGCUGAAGCCGUUUGCCUUAUUCUCUCUGUCGAUGAGACGAUCAAGAACCCAAAAAGCAGCAGUGGUGGAAUGGGCGACCAGCCGGUCAGAAGGCCGAUGUAAAUGUAAUAUUUUUAUACUUGCUUUAUACGUCGAUCUAAUUGUCAAGAAAGAAAAUAAUCUUGGUUUUGAUUAUUAACAAGUGAACGAUUAAAAUAAUAUGCUUUAAUUCACUACUUUGUAAUAUUAAGUUAAUUAAAUAAAACACUUUCACACUA